GCGGGCUCAGCCUCCUGGAGUCUUCCCCCCUGCCUCCUCUGCCUCCCCGCGGCCAUGGCCCAGUCCCCUGCCCCGCAGCUCCCACAGCUCCUGCUCCUGCUCGGGGCCCUCGCCACAGCGCUCGCCGCCUCCAUGGAAGCGAUUUCCGAGGGGACAGUCGCCUGCCAGGGUUUCUGCCCACCUGGCUCCAUGCGGAGGGCAUCGGCACCCCCAGUCAACGUGAGCCUCUACUACGAGUCCCUGUGCGGAGGCUGCCGCGGCUUCCUGGUCCACGGCCUGUUCCCUACCUGGCUGAUGGUGCCGGAGAUUCUCAACAUCACUUUGGUGCCCUACGGGAACGCUCGGGAGCACAAUGUGAGCGGCUCCUGGCAGUUCGAGUGCCAGCACGGCGAGCGCGAGUGCGCCCUGAACAAGGUGGAGGCCUGUGUUCUAGACUUGCUGGACCCGGAUGCGUCCUUCCUGACAGUGGUGUGCCUGGAGGAGAUGGACGACAUGGAGAAAAACCUGGAACCGUGCCUGGAGCUAUAUGCCCCGAAGGUGUCCCCAGAGCAGGUCUUAGCUUGCGCCUCUGGAGAACGGGGCAUGCAGCUCAUGCACCACAACGCACAGCUCACCGACUCCCUGCAGCCCCCGCAUCAGUACGUGCCCUGGGUCGUCGUGAACGGGAAGCCCCUGAAAGACCUCAGCCAGCUCCUGACCCUGGUGUGCCAGCUGUACCAGGGCGAACCAAAGCCAGACGUGUGCUCAUCUGUGCCCCAUGCCCCCAGAGAUGUCUGCUACAAGUAGGACACGGAGGGACAGCCCUGCCCUCACCCUACACUGUAUCACUCCUGGACAUCCCACAAAACCCAGCCCAGAAAAUCCCACCUCACAGAGAACAAAUGGUGCUAAAUGUAAGCUCAGAGGAAACUGG